UAAUAAAACAAUUUAUCGCAGAGCUUAUCAUAAAACGUCAUACAACAUGAAUUUAAAGUUGUGUGUCUGGGAAGGAUUGCACAACGCAGAACGGGCGCGCGCUGGAGAAAGUCAUGUGAUUUCAUAAAACGUCUAAUCAUGACCAACAAUAGCUCAAGAAUCUGUGCUGAGGUACAGCCCAAGACGCCUUUGGGACGGUCCUGCGUUACAUUUCCUUUUUUCCUUUGCGAAAAACAACGGAUGGGACAAUAGGCUAUUGCACACACGUGAGUGGCACUCGAAUACAAUACAACACUGGACGUCUUCAAUAACGACACACCAGAUGACCAGAAAGCAAAUUAUUUGGGAUGGGAAAAAAGAAAUGAAUAAACAAGAAACGAAUGAAUGAAAAGAGCACCGACAGCUAUUUUAGGUCACCGCAUUGCCUGUAGCCUAUAAUCAUAUAACGUAAAACACUGUGCGGUACUUAUUGUAUAUGGUAAACCUUUGUAUUGGAUCGUUUCUUGCUUUCCUGUAUAUACAGCUUUGGAAACAGUGAAAGUGAUGGAUUCCAAUAACAAUGGAUUUUGAUGAUUGAAAGGCAAGCUGGUGGAAUCAGUCCUGCGCUCGAGGGGGUAUUUUGCGCUCCGGAUAUACAGUGAAAAGGGAACAAAAAAGGUGGAGAAGAUGCUUGCUUACCAUUCCAGAAAAGAAGUUCAUCUUUCAUUUUUCCUGGAUUCUUGACACGACCGGAGAGAUAAUUGUUAUUGUAGAAUAUUGAUAUCAAUAUGCUAAAUUUACACUAUGACUGGAUGUGCGAAAGAACUGUUUUACUAUCGUGGAAACGGUUGAUAUAGGUGGACGUAUUCAGCCGAAAUAUCAGAAAGAAUCAGUUUCUCUCGCUUUUCAGAAACCUUGUUUUUUUUUUGUUUUGUUUUUUUUCCUUUCUUUUUUUAAAAUUUUGGUGCCUGUUCAGGUUACAGGAACACUACCGCAAAGAUGCCGGGAGUUCUCUCGCCAGCCCAAGCGCUCUACAUUGGGAUGGAGGUGGCGAUUGCAGUUUCCUCCGUCCUGGGCAACGUGAUGGUGGUCUGGGCGGUAAAAAUUAACCGGUCUCUCAGGGACACAACAUUUUGCUUUAUAGUGUCUCUGGCUCUGGCUGACAUCGCGGUGGGCGCUCUCGUCAUACCUCUGGCCAUAACGAUCAGUAUCGGACUCCAGACGCAUUUCUAUAGCUGCCUGCUAGUGGCGUGCACAGUGCUGGUACUGACGCAAAGUUCAAUCCUUGCUCUCCUGGCCAUCGCUAUUGACCGGUACCUAAGGGUCAAGAUACCAACCAGCUACAAGCGGGUGGUGACGCGGCGGCGGGCUGGGGCGGCGGUGGUGGCCUGCUGGACCGUGGCCUUCGUCGUGGGCCUGACGCCCAUGCUGGGCUGGAACAACCUGCGGCGGCUGCAGGAGAACGGCUCCAUCGGGCCCGACCUGGUCAUCACCUGCCAGUUCGAGACGGUCAUCAGCAUGGAGUACAUGGUCUACUUCAACUUUUUCGGCUGGGUGCUGCCGCCGCUCGUCCUCAUGGUGCUCAUCUACGCCGAGAUCUUCUACAUGAUCCACGGGCAGCUCAACAAGAAGGUGAGCGCCAGCCACACAGACCCCAACAAGUACUACGACAAGGAGCUGAAGCUGGCCAAGUCGCUGGCGCUGGUGCUCUUCCUCUUCGCCCUCAGCUGGCUUCCUCUACACAUCCUCAACUGCAUCACGCUCUUCUGUCCAACCUGCAACAAGCCCAUGUUCCUCAUCUACAUCGCCAUCCUGCUCACCCACGGCAACUCCGCCGUCAACCCCGUGGUCUACGCCUUCCGCAUCAAGAAGUUCCGCAGCGCCUUCCUCAAGAUCUGGAAGCAGUACUUCUGCUGCAAGGACACGGUCGGCCUGCCAACCCAGCCCAGUGAGAGGAUGGACAGCCACAUCGAGCCGCCGAGGCCGGAGAAACAGAAGCAGAAGCAGAAGGAGGAGCAGGAGAUGGAGCAGAACACCAUCUGACCCAGGCGCAUCGGGUGGGUGGGGGACUGAGAGGCAGAAAUGCAGGAAUUUCCCAGAAUUCCCUACCCAUCCUCUCAAAAGAGCAAUGGUAGCUCUUCAACUGUUAACGUAUGUUAACCAGUGCCAUACUGUGUGUGACCCCCUUGGCAGUGACCAAGAGUGACUCUUAUGCCAGUCAGGAUGUUGUGGAACGCACACCUGAUUCCUGAGCCUGGAGCUCACUGAUUGGCUGAGGGACUGUGGGGCGGUUUUGAGCACAAAAGAGGGAAGAACAAAAAUGAACGUUGCCUCAGCACACUGUCACUUGAGGCAUAAGGAAGAUUCUUUUUGCCUAAAAGGCACUGUACCUUCUUUCUCAAGGAAUUUUGAAGAACGGAACAGUAUCAGAAAUUAAAGCUACCUUUUGAGACAAUCUGAAUCAAUGUACGUAUGCUGUUAUUGUAUUUCCAUCUCAUUUUUGGCUGUUGACUUUUCCAUUUCUACUUUUUCCAGAAAUAAAUGGAUAAAGUCUCACGGUAUAAAAACCCUUACCGAAUGAUAGUUCAACUGUUUUGGAGGAUCCAUCAAGCAAUUCACUAUGUAAAUGAGAGGAAAGGGGAAUAUUUAAACUCUGCAACACCUGGAGUACUUUUCGUUGUUCAUCAUCGUCAUGUCCCAGAUCUCAACAUGCAGCUGCAGCACAGGGUUGCUGCGAUACAGAAAAAAGAGAGAGACGAGGAGGCGUUGGCGCUGACACCAGGAGUUUUCUAAUCCCUCGGUCCAGCUCUGCGGCAGUUCAGUGCUGACCCAACCCGGCAUGGGGUAAGGGACAGACAGGCCCCAGGGACCAGGCUGCUGUCUCACUGAAGGCUUCUUUAAGAUUCCCGUCACGUGACCAGAAGUGUAGCCGGCAGGAACUGCGGGGGUUAAACUGGUGGAAAGAGGCUUUAGAGCCCGCACGUCCAUCUUUCUAAGUGACGGAGAAAAUCAGAGAAGCACAUAAGGGCCUCACACAUUUCCUCCUGCAGGCUGUCUGUUGGAUACCAGCAGUCCAGAGUGGGACGUCCUUGGCCUUAAAAUAAUUUGUGGAAGAGGGUUUCAGGUCCUCCUGGACGAGGGCAAGACCCCUACGCGAUAGGAUUCCACCUGCUGGAUGGAAGGGUGCUUUUAUUUCUCCACAUAACAGAACAUCACAUACCAACAGCUUCUUUCGUCGCAAUGUUUCUACGGGGGCCCCUCUGUGGAGACGCAGAGGCUUGAUUACAGGAAGGUAAAACCUUGCCUAUAUUUUUGUAACGGUCCGCUGUAUUUUACGUCACGUGAAUGUAUCGAGAGGUGAUGGAGACGGCUGUGUUCAGUCGGCUUGGGCCUCCCCAGGGCGCUGGAUAAUGGGCUGACAAUCUCUCAGUGAAACUGGAUGAUGAAAACUUGCGGAGCUUUUUAAGAUAAUUAUUACCCAUUCAAUAUCCAUGGGGGGGGGGGACUCACUCAACAUAACAUGCCCUGAUGAAACCAGAUGAUCUCAUUAUGAAUUGGGACCUUGGCUUUUUCUGCGGUUCUCUCUGUGAUGAAGAGCACAGACUAAGUAUCCAUUAACGUGUCACGACAGCAACCGUGCAGCUUGUUAAGGAAAACGCGCUCUCAAGUGGCUUCACAGUACGCUGUUCGUGCCUCUGUCUUGCUCACUGGCUCAGCACUAAGAGCUGAGCUCAAUAAAUAAAUAUUGUUAGAAAGUCAUUUUGCAUUAAGCCCUAAUGUUGGCCAGUAUAUUGUGUGCAUUUGUUUGUUUGCUGUAAUGAGCUAGAUGCACUGAAUUCUCAGUCUAGGGUGAAUAUAAGUAUGGCACAAGCUCAGUACACUUUUGUGCUUGGACCAGACUGUAUACCUAAUGGUGUCUGCUCUUGGUUCUGGACAGAAAUCGUAGUCAGUGCAGUUAAAUAAGUGAAUCAACUUCUCAUCAAGCUCAAAUUUGAGUCACUAAGUCCAGAGCUGGAAAGAACAGGAAAAGAGCAUAUCUCCAAUGGACGUCACAGCUUCAUAUCUUGUUAAACAAGGACACAGUUCCUUUCUACUGUACAUACAGUGCCACACGUAAACUACAUGUAGAAUAUUGAUUGAAAAUUACAUCAAUAAGACCAUUGCUAAGAUCAUAUCUGUGUCUGUCCUUAAUUCUGACCCAUAAUUUAAUAGUUUCGGUUUUUGUUUUCUUCACAAAUUGGCAAAUUGAUUUUGCUGAUGGUUGAACUCCCAAAACUGUUUGUGAAGGAACAAAAUGCACAAUUAUGCAGAAUCAUAAUGUCAAAAUGAAGGACAAAUGAUAACUGAAUCCAGGCCUGUAUCCUAUGGGUCUAUAGAAGGAAUUAAAUUAUUAAUGUACUGUAUUUAUGAGUUGGAGUGCCGAUCUAGGAUCAGUUUGGCCCUGUCCAUGUCCUACCCCUAUCCAUUAUAAGGUGAAAGGUUAAACUGAUCCUGAAUCAGAACUUCUCCUAACAAGUCUGGUCUCAGACAGUUGGAUACGUUAUUCCCCUGGUCUUAACUGACUGGAUUUUUCAAGGAUGCUGUACUUUUUCUUAGCACAGCCCCGUGUUCAUCAGAGGUGGUGUUCUGGUGGAUAAAGGCCGGAAGCCUCGUGACGCCUUACUUGGUGAUUGCACGUAGCAGGCCCAUCCAGGGCUUACCGUUUGAAGCUACCUACUGUAAAUAAAUAAUUCAGCGUAUGGUGAGGUGUGAGAGAAGCCAGUGCUGCAGCCUCUGAGACCAGCGGCACUCGAGCAGGACAAAUGGAUUCGAAACGUAGGCCAAAAAAAAGCAAAUGUCUGUGGCUUUGCCUUUUUCACCGGCUUCAAAUGAGCCCAGUCUGGUGAAAAAAAACCAGGCACGGCAACAUUUGGCUACAUUCGGCGGGUGUCGGCGAUCCACAGAUAAAUUACCUCAGAAGUUUCUGCCAUUUGCUAUUCACCUCACCGUUGUCAUUGUAAACGCGAGUGGAUAAUGUCAGUCUUCAGAAACCCUUGAAAAUAUUACUCGAUAAUUUGGGACUUAAGUUAUAAGGCAGAACAUAUCGAGUGUCCAGUGAAAAUAUUGACCUGUCUUUCAGAAUUUUGAUAGCUCAAACUGCAGCCAGGUGCCAGCAAUGAAUCAGCAAAAUAAUUCCAGAAAUCUAAAUAAUGGAAUACUCAGUCAAGGCUGAGCGUGUGUUUCAGUGUGGUCGGAGUCCUACUGUAAUUACUGAUGGAAUGUUUGGAAAAUGUUAUUUAUAAAUUCAUGGAUAUAGUUUAUCACAUUAAAACUCAACAUAAGAACUA